AUGUCAGAAUCAGCUGAACAGGAAAUGUUAAUUAAUUUUCAUUAAAAAAAAAAGACUACAUAAAAAAAUCAAAAAUAAAUAGAUCUUUUGUUGUAUUAAUGGUGUAUUAAUAAGUGAAAUUAUUUUAGGAGUGUUUGUUACGUGUGUGUAUGAAAUAUUGUUCAAUAAGUUUUGGUUCAUUCAUUUUUGGAGCAAAAUGUCAUUUAAAGAAGAUUUAACUUUACUUCCAAAACCUUAUUAUUUAGUGAAUAUUCUUUUGAGUUUAUCUUAUCUUAUUUCAAAACGAAUUCCAAUAGUGUGUCAUAUUUUGGGCCAAGAAGAAUGUGAGCUUGAUAGUAGAGAAACAGAAAUCUUAUUUUUUCUGAUGAUUGUUAUAAUGAUCAGAACACGAAAAGCUGGAAGUGUAACGAUGAUAAAUUAUUUAUCAUCAAGUUUUGUCUAUACGAAAAUAGCAAAUAUGAUUCUUUGGUUCUACGCUGAUAUUAGAAUGGGAAUUUUAUUUGCAGCUGUUUGUAUUUUAUGUGGUUUACUGUUACCCGAGCCAACGUAUCAAGGUCCUGAAAAAGUAAUUUAUCUCAGAGGUGCCACAAGUUUACAAGAAGAAUUACAACGUGAUACUAGAGUCAUGUGGAUCGUUGCUUUUUACACAGCUUGGAAUCCUGCUUGCGUCACAUUUGCACCAAUAUAUUCACAAUUAUCUGCUGAAUUUGCCUUGGACAAUUUUAAAUUCGGCAAAGUUGAUAUUGGAAGAUAUCCAGAUGCAGCAACAAAAUAUCACAUUAGUGAUUCUAGCACAAGUAAACAAUUGCCAACAUUAAUUCUUUUUAAAGAGGGAAAAGAAGUGGAUAGACGACCUUACGCCGAUCAUAAGGGGAAACUCGUCAAAUUUCUAUUCUCUAUUGAUAAUGUUAAGGCAGCAUUUGAUCUCAAUAAUGUGUAUCAGACAUGUAAAAGUAAUCUAGCAAAAAGAAAAGGAAAAAAGGAACUGAAAGAAGAAUAAACUACUAAAUAGCGCCAAAUAAUAGUGACAUUAAGUAGUGACUUUUGUCAAGUAGACAAAAUUGGUAUCUUCCAAUAAUAAUUUUUAGUAUGCGUUAAUUAAUAUUCUGAAAAAAAAUAUUCUUCGUUAUAAACGAAGUUCAACGUAUACUGAAAGUUGGCAAUUUCAAUACUGCCUAGAAAAAAAAAAUUGACAAAGUCACAUAAAUCUAGGUCAAAACCAUUGUGUUCCUUAUUUCAUUUUUUUUUAAAUAAUUUUUAUUAUCUGUAAUAUUUAUUUAAAUCGAUUGCAUUUGAAUGCUGAUCGUCUAUUAAUAGUGUUUGUAAUCAAUUACGAAUAUUGACAAUUUUAAAGUUUUGUGAAAUUUAAUUUUCUUUUCUGUGAAAUAAAAAGAUCGAAUAUGACAAUUUUAAAAAAGAAA